AUGGUGGCCAAACCGGCUCGGCCGACAUCGCGCAUCAUGUCUGGCAGCGAGCUGUCGCCGCUGAAGAUUCUGCAAGGGCGGGUGACGGGAUCGGCGGCGAGCAGCAGUCCGGGGUCGCCGGAGGGAACGGCAGAGAGCCACAGAGACGGAUGGGGCAAGUCGUCGGUGGCAUCUGUAGCGUCUGUAUCGUCGGCGACGUCAGCAGCGUCACCAGAGUCAUCGGCAUCACAGUCGGCAGGGGGGCGGGCACAUCGAUCAUCGUCGACGUCGUCGGCCAAGAUGCUGCCGCCACCACUGCCGCUGGGGCGAACACCACGCAAACUCACGUCGCCGGACAAGCGGUUCCCGGUCAAGAUCAGCGUGCCGUCGUCUGCGGCGACAUCGGGCUCGGCGGCGGGGACGCCGGUGACCACAGCAUCGCCACAGCAGCAGGCGCAGCCGCUGCACGGACAGCGGCUGAGUCUGGACGAGGCAAUCGAGCUGAACGAGGGCUUGAAGCAGGCGAUUGAAAUAUUCGAUGAUGACGGAAGCGGGGCGGACGAGCUGUUUGACGACGUCGGCGACAUGGUGGAAGGACACACAGCGGCCGAAGAAGGGACGGGUGCAGACGACACGAUGACGAGCACGUUCAGCACGUUUUCGGCAGUGGGAAACGUGGCUCAGACGCAGAGCAAGGCGAGCCGAAAUGACAGCUACGACAGCAACGGCAGUUAUGGAAGCUACGGUAGUUGCGGCAGCAGCGGCGGUGGUGGCAGUCCGAACCGAACGACGGCAAACGGAAGUCUGUCGCCGAUGCGGACGCCUCGAGCCAGCGGCCCCAAUGCGGUUCCAUCUCGAACGGCACACUAUGAGUCGGGUUCCACGACGACGAGCCUGCUGAUGGACUUUACGGAGCAGAUGCGACAUGCACAGUACAGCCACCAGGGCCACAGUCAUGGGCAGGUGACUUCGACGCCGCACCGGAAGAGUCUGGUCAACCUGCUGGACUUUGAGAUGCCGCCGCUGCCGACACCUCGCAGCAUUCCUUCGGUGACGCCACGGGAGCUGGAGGGUCUCAAGUCGAAAUUUCUGUCGGAGAUCAGCGGACUGAAGGCGACGCUGAGCGGCAAGGAGGCCGAAGUGCUGGCGCUGAAGACGGCAGUGGGCGAUGCGGAGAAGCGGGUGGGCGAGAGCAUGGAGCAGCUGCGCGAGGAGCAGCUGCUGCGGCAACAGAACGGCGAGGAGAAGGACAUGUGGGAGCGACGAGGACGGGAGAUGGAGGAAGUGCUGCGCAAGGUGAAGGCGGAGAUUGUGAUGGGACAACGGGAGCGGGAAGAGCUGGAGGCCAAGGUGGACGAGUCGGAGAAGCGACGAGAGGCAGCAGAGAUGAUGGCACAGGAGGCGGAAACGAAGAUGGCAGUGAUGCGGGCAGGCCGAGCGACAGCGGAGAACGAGAGCCACAAGACGCGGAGUCCGGGCGGCAACGGAGGCGGAUCGUCGGGAGGGACGGCGUCGUCAUCGCAGCGCGAGGUGGAAAUCGCGGUGGAGCGAGUAGCCCGCGAGCUUCAUGCGGCCUACAAGGCGAAACACGAGAACAAGGUGGCAGCGCUGAAGAAAAGCUACGAGGCGCGAUGGGAGAAGCGAGUGCGGGAGGUGGAGACAGCGGCCGAGGCGCUGGCACGCGAGAACGAGACGCUGCGGAUGGGCCGAGAUGCACGGAUGUCGCGACUGGAACCGGGUGAAGAAGAGCGGCGACAGAAGGAAGAGGAAGAGCAGCGACGACGACAGCGAGAGGCACGUGAUGCGGCACAGAUCAAGGAGCUGGGUGCCGAAGUCGACAAGCUGGAGGCGGUGGUACGGACGGUCAAGGCGGACAACGCGGAACUGCGGACGCUGCUGGAACAGGAGCGGAUUGAGAAGGGCGAGCUGGUGAUGCUGGCCGAAGAGAUGAUGUCGAUGCAGCAGCAGAGUUUUGUUGGGGCGAGUCCGAGUGGGAAUGGGAGUGUGAGUGCGGGUGCGGGUGGGAAUGCCAGCGCGAGUGCCAGUGUGAGUGCCAGUGCGAGCAUGACGCGCAGUAUGAGUCCGGUUGUGCGGGAGAGCCAGCCACGGAUCGCUCCGAGGACGCCGACGACGACGAGGACGGUGACCCGGACAGCAGCUCCGGGCUCGAGCUCGGUUGCACGCAGUCGGAGCACGAGGCAACAGCCACAGCACCAGCCACAGCACCAGCCACAGCGAGAAGACCGACCGGACCGUCACGACCGUCCGGGCAGCCUCGGCAGCCUCGGCAUGACGACGCCCAAGCAGGCGCGGCCGCUGAGCAUGCAUGGAACCGGACGGGUGUCAGGGUUGAAGCCACCGAGCAGCUCGUCGAUCGCGACGGGGGGCGGCGUGGCCAGCCGGAUCGGCCGGAUCGGCCAUGACCGCAAGCAGAGCGGAGCGGCAACACCGGGUGCUGUCGGAGGGCUUCCGCGGCCGGGCAGCGGCAUGAGCGUGCGCAGCAACGGCGGACUGCUGAGCUCGAUCGAGAAGAUGGGCGGUUAUCGGGGACGGGUGGAGUAG